GUUGGAGAAGCUCGAUUUAAGCCGGCAGUCGAAUUUCUUGCCGGCGACCGUUGAUUUUGUCAGUGGUCGAAGUUCAUUGAGUGCUGUUCGUUGUGCAUCUGAUACAAAUCAAUUAACUGGAGCCGGCUGAGGAGACAUAUUAAAGAUGAAAAAUAGUGAUCUGAAUGGUACACGGCAGCGAGUGAGGGCUAUAGUUGAAACUACAGGAAGAUAUCAAGUUAUCCUAUGCAUUUUGUUAAGUAUUCACAGUGCAAUAGUUGCAUUCAACCACACAGAACCAGCUUUUCUCAAUUACGAGCCAGCUUUUCGGUGCAAGGACAAUGGCACGAUUAAAGAAUACAUUGGUUGCGCGUCUUUACAAAAUGGUACGUGCCACACAGGUUUCGAAUUUGCCGAAGAUGAAAGAACCAUCAUCACUGACUUUUCCCUGGUUUGCUCUCGAAGAUACCUCGCCGCGCUUGCCACCGUUUUGUACUUCGGUGGUGUGACCAUAGGAGCUUUAGUUUUUGGGCCCUUGGCAGAUCGAUUGGGUCGCCGAAAAGUAACCUUAAUUUGCCUAUACACUCAAGCUGCAUUAGGAAUACUUCAAGGAUUGUUGGGGUCCUACGGGGGUUUUGUAAUCUUCGCGGCUCUUCGCAUGUUGCAAGGAGCUUUUGUUCAGGGUCUGCAAAGUUCGACGUUCACUUUGCUAUUGGAGCUCUUUCCUGUGCGCCAUCGAACAGCAGUGGCCGUAAUUUGGGAAAUAUUUUGGGCUGGAGGUUGUGCCUUUAUGGCAUCCGUUGCAUGGAUUCUAGCAGAUUGGCGUUAUUUGCAAAUUGUUCUCGCAUUACCAGCGAUAGUUAGUGUAAUAUACAGUUGGAAUAUACCAGAAUCCGCACUAUGGUUAACAACGAUUGGGAAAUACAGAUCUGCUCAUCAAGUCUGCGAUAGAAUAAUGAGAUUUAAUGGAACGAAGCAAGACAUGAAUCGUAAUGGCACAACAUGCCAAUCAGAGCAAUUAGUAGAGAAUGUUGUUUCCGAUCCGGUCAUUGAAAAAAUUGGAUUAAUUGGCAUCUUCAAAAAUUCAUUAUUGCGAAAGCAUGCGCUGGUUAUGACUAUGGUUUGGUUCAGUGUAACUUUAUGCUACUAUGGAACCGUAUUUUAUCUUCCAAAAUUGGAUGGACAACGACACGUAAAUUUCCUCAUAGGGGCUUUCAUAGAAGUCGUGGCAUAUUUACUCGCUUUUUGGGCUCUUUCCAAAUUUGGUAGACGAUGGCCCACUGCCUUAUAUCAGAUAUUGUGCGGAGCUAUCUGCGCCACAGUCGCAGGGAUCACGUUUUAUACGGGUCAUCAUCAAGGGAUGUUGAUAAUUGGUCUGAUUUUGGCUGGUAAAGGAAUUGCAGUGUCAUGUUUUUGUUGUAUGUUCCUUUAUACAAGUGAACUGUUUCCAACAAGCGUGCGCGGAGCAGCUCUUGGCUUAUGUGGUUUUUGGUCGCGAAUUGGAGGAUUACUUUCUCCUUUGCUGCUUGUUUUGGGCGAGAUCACCGAUCGAUCAGUGCCUUUAAUGUGUUUGGGCGCGUUGGCCCUUGUGACAGGUUUCAUCUCUUUGGCUUUGCCAGAUACAAAUAAUACAACUUUACCUGACACAAUUGCCGAAGCACAAACUGCAUAUAAUAAAUCUUAUCCGAAGUCGCAGGAAAAUACACAUGUGUGACUUCUAAAAAUCAAGAAGUAGGCUACUGCCAUAAAGUUUAGAAUUUAGGUAUAAAUAUUAAGCAAGAAAUUAGUAUUAAAGAGGUAGGAUACUAAGCUAUUUUUAUGAUAAUACUUUGGGUAUAUGAAAAUAUUCAAAGACUAAAUGAAUUUUUGUACUUAAGUACGUGAUAUUUGUAUCGGAUUGUAUAUUCGACAAGAAAGAACAUCAGCGUGUAAAAGACCAAAGUGAAGAUAAAAUGUGCGCUGAUAUUUUAAUACGCGUCGAUUUAUCAAAACGCAUUUAUUAUAUUAUCUAUUAAGUUUUACGGAACUAUGAAAUUGCGAUUCAGUAUUAAAAAUUAAUAUAAAAUACCUAUCCAUCUAAAACAUUUAUUUUACUACAAGGCUGAUUUUAUUAAGCAUAUCAUAUACGUAAUUUAUUAUUUUGAUAAUGCGAUUUUAAGGGUUAGGUUGUUGCAUAAUUUGUACUAAUAUAUUUUCCCAUGAUAGAGGAAAGGGAAUGUUUAUAAAAAUAAACAGUUCGUAGAGAGAGUGAUUUAUUAUGCGGAGGAAUUAAUGUGAACGAAUUUGUUCAACGUGAUUUUCAAAUAUCAUAUAUUUUGUUCAUAAUAUAGUUAACACUAUUACUAUAAUUAAUAAGAUGUAUUUUAGGCCAUUAAUGAAACAUGAAAUAUAUUUUUUGAAUA